GUAGCCCAGUUACAACCGCAUCAUUUCUAGGGUUUUCAGUCUUCUAGGUUUAAAUUUCGCUGCUGCUGCUACUUAUUUGUUGUCGUUGCCUCCAAAUCUCUCUAAUCCUUCAUUCCAGUCGGAACAACCUCUCUCGACCAACAUGGGGAAAACACGUGGUAUGGGAGCUGGUCGUAAGCUGAGGACUCACCGCCGGAGGCAGAGGUGGGCUGAUAAGGCAUACAAGAAGUCUAACCUUGGAAAUGAAUGGAAGAAGCCAUUUGCUGGUUCUUCCCAUGCCAAGGGAAUUGUCCUUGAGAAGAUCGGUAUUGAGGCCAAGCAGCCAAACUCUGCUAUCAGAAAGUGUGCUAGAGUUCAGUUGAUCAAGAAUGGCAAGAAGAUUGCUGCAUUCGUUCCAAACGAUGGUUGCUUAAACUACAUUGAAGAGAAUGAUGAGGUGUUGAUUGCCGGAUUUGGACGAAAGGGUCAUGCAGUUGGUGAUAUUCCCGGUGUUCGAUUCAAGGUUGUGAAGGUCUCUGGUGUUUCCCUCUUGGCACUCUUCAAAGAGAAAAAGGAGAAGCCCAGAUCCUAACUUUUGCAAUGUGGUGGAUUUCUUUGGUCUUUUAGUAGUUCUACUUAAAACUGAGAGCAUAUAUUGCAUGGUAGCUUUUCAGUACGGCUCCUUUUUGUUAUCUUAUGGCUAUCUUUGUAUUGAACUUCGGUGUCUGCAUUUCAUAAAAGGAUCUGUUGCUUUAUUGCAGUUCCAAACUGUUCUUUCUUCUC